AUGCAAGUCGCCAAUAACAACGAUGUCAAAAUAUACUCGAUUACGAGUGCAUCUCGGUCCGCUAUUCCAGACUGGGCAGUACAAAAGAAUAAGGAAAAACUAAAGCAUGAUCAAGCAUGGAGAAAUAGAAUAGAGUUGAUUCAAGAUUUUGAAUUCCCAGAGGCAUCAUUGCGACUUCAGAUGACUAGAGACGGUGUAUAUCAACCUCAGAUGCGAGUAUUUGAGGUUUCCCAAAUGGCAAUGAAACUUGAUCGUCACACUGAAGCAGAAAAUGUUCAAUUUGAGAUUCUAUCUGAUGACUGGACCAAAUCUGUGUUGUUGCAAUCUGAUCGUACUAUUGAGCUACAUUCUCAAUUUGGACUUCAUUACAAAACACGAGUUCCAAAGUUUGGGCGAGAUUUGUCAUACCACUACCCAUCAUGCGAUCUCAUGAUAGUUGGAUCUUCAAGUGAAGUAUGGCGUCUUAACCUUGAGCAAGGCAGAUUUCUCAACUCACUUCAAACUGGCAUGUCUGAAAUCAACGUAUCUGCCAUUAAUCCAGCUCAUCAGCUUUUUGGGUUUGGUGGAUCAAACGGAUGUGUCGAGUUUUGGGACCCUCGUGAGCGUAGUCGUAUUGGCAGGUUAGAUGUUGCUGCAGCUAUUGCUCGUGACAUUGAUUCCUCACUUCUCGAGACGUUUCCAGAAAUUGAAUCACUUGCAUUUUCAUCCGACGGUCUUUCUUUUUGCGUUGGUUCAAAAACGGGACAAAUUGUCAUGUACGAUCUUCGACGCCCUACUCCAAUUCUUAUCAAAGAUCAUCAAUACGGGUUUCCAAUUAAAAAGCUGUUAUAUCACGACGCUAGUCAAAAUAUCUUGUCAGCAGACUCGAAAAUUAUCAAGAUUUGGAACAGAAUGGACGGCACACCGUUUACCUCUAUUGAAAGUCCACACGAUAUCAAUGACGUGUGUGUGAGUGGCGAAUCUGGGUUGGUGAUGCUUGCUAAUGAGGGUGUCCAGAUCCAAAGCUAUUAUAUCCCUGCUAUGGGUCCUGCACCUAGAUGGUGUCCAUUUUUAGACAAUUUGACUGAAGAACUGGAAGAAGGGACUGGCAUGACAAUGUACGAUGAUUACAAAUUUGUUACCCGAAAAGAUUUGGCAAACUUGAGUUUGGAUCAUUUGGUUGGAACCAAUCUGCUCAAGGCAUACAUGCAUGGCUUUUUUGUGGAUCUUCGUUUAUACGAGAAAGCUAAAGCAAUUGCCAAUCCCUUUGAAUUUGAAGAUCAUAAGCGUCGUCUGGUUCAACAAAAGAUUGAGACCCAGCGCAAAUCCCGUAUUACAGCAAUCAAAAACCUUCCGAAAAUCAAUCGUAACCUUGCUGCCAAAUUAGUGUUUGACAAUGCCAAUUUAUCGGACGAGCCUGAUUCAGGUGACGAAACCAGUAAAAGGAACAAACACUCGAAACUCAAAAAGAAGCGAGCCCUAAAUGCUGCUGUGCGAGGACUGGAAGAAGGAGAAGAAGUUUCUAGCACUAACCCACUGGGAGAUGAUCGAUUUGCAGCCCUGUUCCAAGAUGAAGAGUUUCAGGUUGAUGAAGAAAGUCAUGAAUAUAGGCUGCAUUAUCCUACACAAGCUGCUGCUGCUGUCGCAGCCAAAUCGCGCCAUAUCGAUCCAGUCCAAAACCCUGGCAGUGCUUACAAGGACAUGUCUGACCCUGAAGGAAAUGCUAGUGAUUCGUCUGAAUCGGGUGAUGAUGCUAUUCGAUUUUCAAGAUUUGAUAAGCAUGGUGUAAAGUCGAGUGCUCCACAUGUUGUUGGAAAACAUACUGGGAUAAGUCAAAGUAAAUCUAACGCUACUACCGAACCAUCCAAACGCAAACCUACGUUUUAUGAGCUAAAAGAUGGAUUUAAUGCCAAUGAUGUGCACAAGGAAAAAGACAGGUCACGAUAUAGUCAUGGAAAGUAUUCUCAAAGUCACGGCAGCGAUGUUCACAAAAUGGCAUUUGGCCAGCGUGUGCAGCAAAAUGGUCAUGAUUCGAAUGCAUUAAUUGAACGCAAUAUUGCUGGUAAUAUGUCGAUUACGUUUAAACCUGGUCAGCGCAGACCGAAUCGUAAAUUUGGUGGCAGUCGUGAGGACCGUGAUACUCAAGGUGGACAUAACAGCCGAGAAGGCGAUCAAGAGCGACGCGGUAUCAGAGAUCUUAAUCUUCGUGGACGAGGACGAGGCGGUAGAGGCCGCGGUGGUGGUAGAGGCAGGAGAUAA